AUGAAGAAAGAUUUACACCAACCGACCACUGACAAUUCCCUGGUUCAUCUUCAUCAACAUUACAGUCACUGAACACUUUACUGAUCGUCUUUAUGAAGUCAAACACAUAUAACAACAUGAAGACCAUCUCUUCACUCUUCAUCAUCUCUUUAUUCAUCAACGGUGUGUUUACAGAUGAAGUGUCAGUGAUGGAGGGAGAUUCUGUGACUCUACACACUGAUACUGAAAUACAGAAAAUAGAUGUGAUCGAGUGGAGGUUUGGAGAUAAACAGGACUUCGCAGCGAGAUUAGAUAAAGAGAGCGAUGAGAUGCGAUUAUCUCAAGAUAAGAGAUUCAGAGACAGACUGAUGCUGAACAAUAAGACUGGAGAUCUCACCAUCACAAACAUCACAACUGAACACGCUGGACUUUUUAAAGUAGAGAUCACUGGAGGAAUGACCACAAGAAAGACAUUCAGUCUUAGAGUGUUUGGGGAUCCAGGUGAAGUGAAGUCAGUGUCAGUGAUGGAGGGAGAUUCUGUCACGCUACACACUGAUGUCAGUGAUAUGAAUAAAUAUGAUGUGAUACGCUGGAGGUUUCAACACGGAGACUCUCCUCUAGCUGAACUGGACAGAAAGUCUGGAAUCUUCUCAACACAUGAUGAUGGGAGAUUCAAAAACACACUUCAGUUGGACUUUCAGACUGGAUCUCUCACCAUCAAGAGCAUCAGAUCCAAUCACUCUGGACUUUAUGAAGUAAAUAUCGACAGCAUUAGUGGAACACACACCGUACACCAGAUAUUCACAGUUAACGUCAGUGUUAAACAGAAGACACCGUCAGUGAUAAGGGAAGGAUCUGUCACUUUAAACACUGAUACUGAGAUACAGAGACAUGAUCGGAUACAGUGGGUGUUUGUAUCUGACGACACUCUGAUAGCUGAAAUAUAUCAGCCAAGCAAUAUAUUCACUACAUAUGAUGGUGCUGAUGAGAGAUUCACAGACAGACUGAUGCUGAACAAUCAGACCGGAGAUCUCACCAUCACAAACAUCAGAUCUGAAGACUCUGGACUUUAUCAACUAAAGAUCAGCGCAAGAAGACGAUCCAUUCAGAGGAAAUUCACUGUAAAUGUCACUUUCAUUAUAUAUAUAGUUUCUGCGUCAGGAAUAUGUGGCGGUGUCCUCCUCCUGGUUAUCUCUGUUGCUGCUGUGUUUUACUGUCGCCACAGGCUUCCUAAAGCAAGAAGACAAUGGGUGAGAGAGGGACGGUCUGUCAUUCUACAUGCUGAUGUUACAGAACUACGGACAGAUGAUGUGAUCGUGUGGAGGUUUGUGCCUCAAAACACAGUCAUAGCUGAAAUCAAGGGAGGAGCACGCAAGACAUAUGAUGUUGAUGAUGGGAGAUUCAAGAACAAGCUAAAGCUUUAAUAUACUGGAUCUCUCACCAUCAGAAACAUCACAACGGAUCACUCUGGACUUUAUGAACUCAAAAGCAUCAGACAUGGAAAAACUUUCUACAAGAGAUUCAGACUGACCGUCACAGAAAGAGGAGAUUCAGUGGAGAUAUACUGAUAACUUGGCUUUGUUGAAUAAACGUGGUCAGCAGGAGGAAUAACAUGAUCAACAUUAAAAACACAUCAGCAUCACGACUCUUACACGAACAAUGAAAAACUUCCCUGUCUUUUGAUAUUAAAAAUACAUUUUGAAAUCAAGCUGUAUGUGUUAAGAAGUAACAGAACAGAGUAAAUAUAUAUAUAUAUAUAUAUAUAUAUAUAUAUUUACUGUACACAGUAUAUAUCUUUGAUUUGCAAUAAAUAUAGAGACAUUAUUAUUCAAAUGAAAUGAAAAGAAAUUCAAGUAACACACAAUAUUUUAAUGGAUCUACACAAGCUUUGAUUUGUGUUUAACCUCUAAUGUAAAUAGAUCAGAUUUUAUACAUGUUUCUAAGUGCUGACAGUGUGUAGCUAUUGCAUGUCAUAUUUACUGCCUCAUUAUUAAGCCUAAAUAUCUUGUUAAAUACAUUGCAGAGUUAUUUUCGUUUUGUUUUUAUUUUUAAUUAGUUUUAUUAAUAUUUUAAAUUAGCUUUUAUUUUAAGAUUUUUACGUUAAUUUUAGUUAAAGUUUUGGUAUAUGCUUUUGUCAUUUUAUAAUGUAUUUGUUUAUUUUCA